GUGGCCAUAUUUCCUACGACAAUGAAGUUCUUAGACUGAAAAAACUUUGCUUGGUCAUGUCUUCACGUUUACGAGUAACUCCCCACCUUCGCGAUCGUUCUUCCCUUCUCGGUACUCCACCAUCUUCGGGACGUUCCUCACCUUGGGGUGAGCCAUCUGGACAACGCUAUGCAGAGGAUUUAGAGGGUCAAAAUGAUGAAGCACUAGAGGGCAUAAGUGCCAAAGUGAAGAUGUUGAAGGAUCUGAGUAUCGGAAUUGGGAAUGAAGUACGGGAGUCUGCAGUGCAGCUCAGUCAAAUGAACGAUGCUUUCGCGGAAACGUCGGGUAUUCUACAAGGAACAUUUCGACGUAUGAACAACAUGGCUGCCCGUCAAGGCUGCCGUUGGUUGUGGUAUAUUGUCUUCCUGAUCAUUGUGUUCUGGUUUUUCAUGACCACCUGGUGGUUUCGACGGUGACAUGCGUGCUUCCAUUAAACGGAUCCUUCUUCAAUAAUAUCUGGCUCAGGAAUGGUCAUACAUUCUAGAUCGUCCCAAAAAUUAUGGAUACAUUAAGGUACACGAGAAGAGGAAUACAAAAGGUCUGCUAUGGGACGUCUUUUAAUUUGGCGUUCCCUAUCUCCCAUAUCAUUCGCCGGCGAAGAUAGGGUACAUCACUCUGGGUAAAGUUGAAUGUCUCUUCUCCACGAGAAAGGGAUUCGAGAAACUGGCAAGUGAAAACCCCGCAAUCGUACCCAUUCUCCUGCUGAGAUAUCCAACCUCAGAAGUAUAAUCAUUCCACUCGG